CCUAACCAUCCCAUUAAGUACUGUAAAACGUUUAACAAUGGAUAAUUCUUCUCCGUUGGCUAUAAAUAAUCUGUUCGGGAGUAUUACAAGAUUAGGAGAUGGAGAAUACUUGAAAUCUGAAGAUGUCAAGACCAUGUUACUUAGCCCAAAGGUUGCACCUAAUUAUCAACGUGUUACUGAACUUUUGCCGAUUUAUGACCCAAGAGUAUGCUCAGGUCAUUUCCUCAAGAAACAUGCAACAUUCAUUGUUUCUGAUGAUCUGAAAGUAACAGUUUCACCAUCUACUUCUAUAAUUUCUGUGUUGAACACAAUUGGCAUUCCUGAUGUGGAGGUUGUGGAAGUGAGCAUUGGUAAACAAGAGGCACUUGCAAUUCUCAAAGCUUCACUAACCUCGACAUCAGUUUUAACUGAUUGCCUCAUUGCAUUUACAAGGAAACAAAAGGCAGAACCGUCGUCUUAAAUCCCCAAUACAUGUGUUGCUGGUAGAUCUAGUCAUGAUAUUUCUGUUUUGUAUUGAUAUUAAUGUUAAUCCUUUACAAUGUUAAUCCUUUACACUGGUGCAUUCAACUUUGUGUACUGCCAUUUGCAAAGCUUACUUGAAUGAAAUUUAUCAGUGGAUCUUUAUC